AUGUCUGAAGCCGUUUGGAAUUUGGUCAUAGUCCUCGGCUUAGUGUAUUACAUACAAGUCGUGUUCGACUCUUGGGAGAGGCCGUUGGUGCGGACGAAGUACGGAUGGGUGCGCGGUAUCCGGACUAAAGCAUACGACGCGUUCCUGGGCAUUCCAUAUGGCAGAGUGAACGAGAGCAAUCCGUUCGGGGCUCCUUCGCCAAUUGGACCCUACAAUGGCACCUUCGAAGCCGAUGACGAUUCAAAAAUAUGUCCGCACGUGGAGGAAUACUACAAAAUACCAGUGGGCACACUCCAAUGUCUGAAUUUACACAUCUACUUGCCGAGAAAAGGUGGGCAAUUAGGGAAGUUGCCCGUCUUAGUAUACAUUUUUGGCGGGCAAUUUAGAAUCGGCCAUUCUGGCAGCGCCGAGUUCCAGACUGAUUAUCUGGUUGCUCACGACGUGAUCAUCGUCAAGUUUGACUACAGGAGUGGGAUGUAUGGGUUCCUGUGCCUGGGCACUCCUGAAAUACCUGGUAAUCAAGGUCUGAAGGACCAGGUGCUUGCGCUGCGUUGGGUUAAAGAAAACAUCGAACACUUCGGCGGAGACGCGGAAAGGAUCACCAUCUUCGGACACAGUUCUGGAUCCAUGUGCUUAGAUUUCCACGUACGGACAAAUCCAGAACUAUUCAACCAAGCGAUCCUGCAGAGCGGGACAGCGAUAAUACCCGGUGGUAUAGACGAGGGAAAUAGAACUAUACCCAUUACAGUAGCCAAAAGACUAGGCCAUAGUCCUCGCGAUUUAGAAGACGCUCUAGAGUUUCUUAAGACAAGAGAUGUGUUUGACGUUGCUAUCGCUUCUGUAGAUCAAAAGUUUAGGCCGUGUAUAGAGAAAUCGUAUCCAGGAGUCAAGGCAUACUUAACGAAGCACCCGAUGUUUUUGAAACCGGACUUAAGUGGUAAAAAUGUCGUAAUAGGAGUAGCAAUAGACGAAUAUGUCGAAAAGAUUUGUCUACCUGCGUAUCAGCUGUACAGCAAGGACGUGUUUAAGAUUAACAUCAAUUUCGAAUUUGACAUCGACGAUGAUGACGUUAUCGAUGAUGUGAAGCAGUUCUAUGUGGGCAAUGAAGAGGGUGAUCAUAUUAGGAGAGCCCUGAAGUUCAUGGGCGACUUUUACUUUAACUAUCAAAUGUGCAAAACUGUCGACAUGUAUUUUGACUACGGCGCUGAAAAGGUAUACCAGUACAUCUUCUCGUAUAACGGUGAUAGAAAUAUGAUGAAAGUGAUGAAGAACAUCACCAAUUGUAAUACAGCGACACACGGCGACGAUAUAGGCUAUAUCUUUAAGGUGUCGUUCAUGGAUAAACCUUUGACCAAAGAUGAUCAGCUGGUGAUAGACAGAAUGACUAGUAUGUGGACUAACUUCGCAAAGUUCGGACACCCAAUUGUAGAAAAAAACAACCUCUUCCCAACGAAAUGGCUCCCAUCAACGAAAACUUACAAACAAUAUUUAGUCAUAAACAAAGAUAUCAAAAUGGACGACGAGCUCUUAAAAAACAAAAUGUCUUUCUGGUAUGAAUUCUACAAGAAGUAUGAAAGAUUUUUAAAGUAUAAAAAAAGAUAA